GAAGUGUUUUCACCAUCGCUCGUGCAGCUGACCGUUGAUCGCUCAGGGUUUGGUAGUCGGUCGGCGGGCGAUUCAUUUCUGAGAAGAGGAUGCUCUUGUGCGGUGGGUCGUUUAGCAUGUAGCGAAAGGGUGAGUGACCGUAGAAAGUAGGCGUGGAUCCCAAGAGAGGGAGAAGGUAGAACGGGCAGGAGAAAGAAGGGAGGUUAGCUUGGGAGACAGGCGUGUAUUUCAACACGAUCAGGCGUACGCACGCCACCCGUUGCACGAUCACGACAAGUGACACCAAGCUCAACGUGGCAAGACGGAGUUGACAUCAAGGAGUUUGACAAGAAGAAAGGAGCUGGACAGGGUGAAGGGUGAAAUUCCAAGGGAACGCGUAGAGGAGUCCAUCAAGGAAGGCGGUGAGAGAAGGAAGGGGGAGUAGUAUUAUUGAGGGGUCAAGAGAGGGUGGCGGUGGACGCCCACAGCUUAUCUGGGGGUAAACUGGGGGUGCUGGUGAAGUUGUGUGAGGAUUGCAAUGAACAAGGAGACAGGCAAAUUGGAACAAGAGCUGUUAAAGAGAGCGGUUGGGUGAGGGUGGGAGAGGUGGGAGAGGGAAGAGCGGGGGGAGAGGGAGGUGGAGUUUUUGCCGCAGAAUCACGUCGGUUGCCCUUGCGCCAGUGAUCGUCGUCAUUAGGGCGGCAAUGACGAUUGGCAUCUAGUGAUUUCUGAAGGCAAUACAAUUUUGGACUAGUCCUCCUGCUGUCUCCGCUUGCGCGGCAUCUCGUGUGAUUGCCAGUUGUAUGCCUGUGGUGGCUGAGAUGGUGCAUCCAGACGAUGACGAUGGGAGGGGAAGUGAAGAGCAGUACUCACCAAGGCCGCGCAUGAGGUCGCCUCUGCAUAAUCUUGGUGGGGAUGGGGGUCCGCGCUCACCGCAGGAGAUGGCGAGAGAUGAUCGAGAGAACGGGGACAGACGUCGGCAGCGAAUGCCUCGUGAAGACGAACGGGAGAGGGAGCGUGCAAGGAUGAAGGAGAGAGAUCGACACAGUGUUGAUAGAAGGCAUCGUGAUGACCGCGAUCGGGACCGAGAUCGUGAAAGGAUGGAUCGUCGUCCGAGAGAAGAUGUGAGGGAGAGAGAGAGAGACAGGGAUCGGGACCGUGACAGGAGAAUGAGAGAGUAUGAUCGGGGAGAUCGGGACAGAAGAUCUCGGCACAGGUCUCGCUCGCGCUCGAGGGGCAGAUCGAGCAACAGGUCCCGUUCUCACUCACGGUCAAGGUCACGCUCUCGUUCAAGGGAUAGGAAGAAGAAGUGUGCAGGUUCUUCCACCGGGUACUCUUCCAACAGGCAUCGUCAGCCACAUAUCUUUCCUUACCUGUCUGCGAACUUGACACCGAAGGCCUGUAAUCACAAGAAGGGAGAGGAUUGGCUCAUUUGUGUGGCAGCGGCAGCGGCGGCAGCAGCAGCAGCAGCAACUGGCACUACUAGCAGUUUACAAUCCCUAGGUCAACUCGGCACAACUGGAAUGACUCCAACAAUGCCAGGGAUAUUUACGGGAGCCUUUCCGUUUGCGGGCACACAGUUCGGAGGUCUCCCAGCAAUUCCUGCACAAGCUAUGACUCAGCAGGCUACACGGCAUGCAAGGCGUGUUUAUGUGGGAGGGUUGCCGCCAAUGACUAAUGAGCAGAGUGUAGCAACAUUCUUCAGCUCAGCAAUGGCAGCAGUGGGUGGCAAUACAGCAGGUCCAGGUGAUGCUGUUGUGAAUGUGUACAUCAACCAGGAGAAGAAGUUUGCAUUUGUUGAGUUCAGAACAGUCGAGGAAGCCAGUAAUGCCAUGGCCUUGGAUGGCAUUAACUAUGAGGGUGUAUCAGUACGAGUUAGGAGACCCAGUGACUAUAACCCAUCAAUGGCUGCAACGUUAGGUCCCAGCCAGCCAAGCCCACAUUUGAACCUUGCUAAUGUUGGGCUUACUCCGGGCACUCUUCUUAUCAGUGCUGCAGGGGGAGCGGAUGGGCCCGACCGCAUCUUCAUUGGGGGCCUUCCAUACUAUUUGACCGAAACACAGAUCAAGGAGCUGCUGUCCACCUUUGGGCCUCUGCGUGCAUUUGAUCUUGUUAGAGAUCGUGACACGGGCAACUCGAAGGGUUACGGGUUCUGUGUCUAUCAGGACCCGGCUGUGGUGGAUGUUGUGUGUGCAGCCCUCAAUGGCAUGAAGAUGGGUGACAAAACAUUGACUGUCAGGAGAGCGACAGCAAGUGGGCAGCCGAAGCCGGAUCAAGCAAAUGUCUUGCAGCAGGCCCAACAACAGAUUGCUCUGCAGCAGAGACUGGCGCUAGGAGCGACGGGAGCGAAUGCUGUGGGACUGGGCAUGAACUCAGUCAUGCCGGGAAUGCCAUCGAUGUCCAGCAUGAUGUCAGGGAUGUCAGGAAUGUCCGGGUUGAUUCCUGGUAUGAUGGCUAGCAUGUCCAGCAUGGUGGCCAGUAUGAAUCCAGUUGCCGUAAAUAAUCAUGCGGCCCAACCGACUUCUGCUGCCGAGGUUCCGACAAGAGUUGUGUGCCUUGUUCAGGUGGUUACUCCAGAAGAGCUUAAAGACGAUGAAGAGUAUGAGGACAUCAUGGAAGAUAUGCGGGAAGAGUGUGGGAAAUAUGGAACGCUUACAGAUUUGGUAAUACCUCGGCCAAGCUCUACAGGAGAGGAAACGGCUGGACUGGGAAAGGUUUUUGUGGAAUACUCGGAUUCGGCAGCGGCGGCAAAAGCGAAAGCGUCAUUACAUGGGAGAAAGUUUGGUGGCAACACUGUCAUUGCAACCUACUAUCCUGAGGACAAGUUUUCGAGAGGCGAGUAUGGUGGUUGAUUAGGUACACACUGCCGUAGGAGAUCUGCGCGGAUGCUGUUUGGGGUUAGGAAUGGAGAAGGGGUAAAAAUUUUGCAGAUUAGUUUUUUCUGCUUCCCGGUCUUUUGAUAUCCGAGAGUGAAUGUUCUGGUUAUCGGAACGCAGGUGUCUUGAGAGCCAGUGUUAACCGAACAUAUGCAUCGGCAGCAGCAUGCGGGCAGAUACGCACGCACGCACCAGUAAAUUGGCUGCACAUUA